AUGUGCAUCGUACUCCUCACGACAGCUCACCCCUCCUACGCCCUCAUCGUCAUCGACAACCGCGACGAGUUCAUCCUGCGCCCCACCUCCCGCCCGCACUGGUGGUCCCACCCCGCGGGGCCCACCGUGCUCUCGCCGCGCGACCUCCAGCGCGCCGAGAAGGGCACCUGGCUCGGCCUCACCUCGACCGGCGCCCUCGCCGUGCUGACCAACUACCGCGAAGACGGGCCCCCGGACGCCGCCCACCCGAUCCACGCGCAGCGGUCCCGCGGCGGCAUGGUGACGGCCUGGCUGGGCGCCGACCCGCACGAGCCGACGGCCGAGACGGUGCAGAAGCUCGUCGCCGACGGCGGCGUGCGCGGCGUCGGCGGCUUCAGCAUGGUCGCCGGCAAGCUGCGGCGGAAGCGGGGCGAGGCGCGCGCCCUCGAGGGCAUCGCCAUCGUCUCGAACCGGUGCGGCCACGUGCAUGACGUGCCGUGGAUCGGCGAGGCGAGGGGCGAGGUCUACGGCCUCAGCAACACGUCCUACCACGAUCCCGAGGCGUGGCCCAAGGUCGAGGACGGCAAGAGGCUCGUCAAGGAGGCCGUGGAGCAGGCGGUGGCCCAGGACCUCGACGAGGAGGCGCUGGUGGAGAAGCUGUUUGGCGUGCUGGGCACCGAUACGCUGCCGGCGCCUAAGCCGGGACAGGGGUUCGCCGAAUACAUCCCGCAGCUGAAGCACAGCAUCUUCAUCCCGUCGAUCGGCGAUGAGCAUCACCAGCAGGCCAUGGUCGAGGCCACGAAGAGAGGCAAGGGCGAGUGGGAUACCGACGACAAAAUGGCGGCUGAACAGCUGCAGCGACCCGAUGCGACGCCCGGUGAGAACGGCAUCGGAUUCGACACUGGCAUGUACGGGACGCAGAGACAGUCCGUCAUUCUGGUUGACUGGGAUGGAAAUGUUGUUUUCAAGGAGCGUGCCCUCUGGGAUUCGAAUGGAAACCCGAUUCCCAAAGGAGAGGGCGACGUCGUCUUCAAGUACAAGAUUGAGGGGUGGGAUGACUGA